CCCACCGUGCCACCUCACCGAGAGAACCGCAGUGGCGGUACAGUAUUGAACACCGUGUAACACCCUCUCUCACGGUCAUCGUCCAUCAAUAGCUUCCUGUUUGGUUACAAAGAAAAUGAGGGAAAACUCAAAACUUUGAUCAUUUCCAUCUUUCCAUUGUUGGGUCUAUUUUAUUUUCCUCUUGUUUCUCGGCUACCAAACAGUUUUGUUGGGUCCUUAAAUAAGAACCCCACUUGUAGAAUUUGUGUGGAAAGCAUCUUUUUGAUCAUGGAAGCUCCUGAAAAAUCUGAAGAAACUGUCUCAAAUUAUACUCCAAGGAUGGCUGGAACUGUCAAUUGGGGCACAGCAACUGUUGUUGGAGUGUUUGCAGGCUUGUUAUAUGGAGGCAGUAGGGAGGCAUCUGCUUCUGUUAGCAAGGAUGCAGAGGUAAUGUUGAAGCUAGGGAGCACUGCAGAUAAACGUGAGCAGCAUCGACUAGUGAGAGAUGCAAUGGAAAAAAGAUUUGUACGAGUUGCUCGUGGCUCCAUAAUUGGUGGAGUACGCCUUGGAAUGUUCACUGCCGCAUUUUACAGUUUACAGAAUCUGCUUGCAGAGAAACGAGGUGUGCAUGAUGUUUUCAAUGUUGCUGCUGCUGGUUCAGCCACUGCUGCAACAUUUGGUCUAAUUAUGCCAGGAUCACUCCAAUGGCGUGCAAGGAAUGUUGCGCUGGGUUCCAUUUUGGGAGCGGCAAUAUGUUUCCCUCUUGGUUGGCUUCAGCUGAAGCUUAUAGAGAAAGCAAAUGAAGGAAAUAUGGCAGCUAAUCCUAGUUCAGAAUCAAGGAGUGGUGUUGGUGCAGCUAUAGAGAGGCUCGAGGGAAAUUUGAAUGAAUAAAACAAAAUAAUUUGGAGGGCCCAAUCUAGAAUUUUCCAUGGAAGGUGGAGGGAUCAAAAGUAAGACAUGUGGGCUAGCCCCCAAAAGAGAUCUAAUGUUGAUCUCUUGUAUCUAAUUUUCAUUUUCAGUGCUUCCCUUCAAUAGUGAGACUGAGAAUAACACUCAAAAGCUUGGUUGCUUGAGAGCAUUUUUUUGGCUGAAUAGAAUUUCCUUUAGGUUGAUCUUUGAGAUCAUAUGCCAUUUUUGUUGGUGAUGAUGUUCUCUAUGUCAUAUACCCAAUCAAUAGGCAAAUCAACAUUUUGGUUUC